AUGAAAGAAAAGAAUCUUUUGGAAUUGGAAAGAACAAUUCAAGCAAAUCAAGUAAAUCAAGCAAAUCAAACAGAACAGCAACAACAAAUAAUGGUUGAUCAAAUUUUACCAAAUGAUUUAAUAGAAAUGGUCCCAAGAAACAAUCUAACAGCUACAAAUGAUUUUGUAAAAGAGUAUUUAAAUUCAACAAUGACCUCUACUAAACUAUCUACAAAUUUAGGAAAUGAAUUAAAAGACAUGGUAAAGAAUCAAAGAAUUAGUGUCAUUGAUUUAAUUGUAUCAUUUGCUCAAGAUUUGAAAAAAAAACAAAAGAUUGGUAGUGGAAGAUCAAACAAAGGUCUUUAUGAUAGCGAAAUUGAAAGAAUAAUGAAACCAUAUCAUAGAAAGGGAUUUGAAAGAGUAAUAGCAAGUGAUCAAUUAAAUUUAUUGGAACCAAAAGACUAG